AUGGGUAGCACCAAGCGUCGUCGUCAACAGCGUGUCAAGGCCGUAGGUGCAGAAGUGGAGGAGAGUAUCCGAUGGAAUGCAGAGGAUAAGAAGCUCAAGCAUGUAGAGGGAGAUCAGCUUUUUCAGGUGGAUAGUAAGGGUGGUGAUGUGCCUGCUCCGUUGACCAAGAAGCAGAAGCUGGAGAAGUUACAAAAGAACCCUUUGCUAGCCAGCACACGCAAGUUUGACGCUGCUAAAGUCAAUAAGGGUGAGGUUGUAGCAGUUAAGAAACUGCAGCAGCUGGAGCCGACGGAGCCAAAGUUGCUGCAGCAGCAGCAGCAGCAGAAGAAGACUAAGGGACUGUGGGGUCAGGAUGGCAACGUCAAGGACGACGAGCUGAACCAGAAGCUGGACGAGUACGUGGCGCCUGUGGUCGUCAAUAAGAUUAAGCGACGCAGAAUUGUAUCCUCUACUAAGUACAAGGUACCGACAGUGGAGGUGGCAGCUGCUGGCCAGUCAUACCACCCGGACUUUGACACGCACCAAGAUGUUAUGGCGGAAGCAGUGGCGGAGGAGCUGGAACGUCGAGAGAAGAAAGCCCAGCAGCAGGAGUUAGUGGUUAAGGGCAUGUCGGAAGAGACGCGGAAACACAUUAAGCACGAGUCAUCGGACUCGGAGGCGGAGUCCAGCGACUCGGGGCAUGAGGAUGACACGACCAAAAAGGUCCGCAAGUUGCCCGAGAAGGUGACACGUGCUCAACGCAACAAGCGUGCACGACACAAGCAAAUGAAGUUGGAACAUCAUGUGCGACGUGGCGAGAAGGCAAUUAUCAAGCAGAUCAACACCUCCAAUCACAUUCUCCAGGAUAUCAUGAAGAAUGAGAUGAAGGCGGCCAAAAAGUUGGAGUUGAAGAAGCUCCAGCUGGAGCAAAAGCUGCAGGAGGAGCCGCCCGUACGCGUGGCUGGAAAAUACACCAAAUUGGACCGCACGACCCCGGUCUCGUUCUUUGAAGAGCUCACAGGCAACCUUCGAACGCUGAAGCCGAAGGGGAAUCCCCUUUUGGAUCGCUUCGAUAGUCUACACAAGCGCAACCAGAUCCAAAUUGGUCGCCCGAAGAAGACCCGCAAGGCCAAGGUGAAGGUUAUAGAGGUCAAAAAGUAA